UAUUUCGAUUUCGUCUUGUCAACAACACUUACAAAACUAAAGCGGAUGAGCGACAGUAUUCAGCAUUCAAAUUCAAAUGCAAUAUUCAUAUGUAAAUUUGAUUUUCGAAAACAUUUGGGCCCAACCGCUGGCAGCAUCAUCGCGGCGCGUUCUCACAAAUUUCGACAAGUUCGUUGCUUCAGUCUUCGGUGCCGCUUCGACGCGUCUGGCAGGCGUUUAAUGACGCUUAUUCACUGUAAUAUUGAAAUUACUUGAAAGCAUAGAAAAACAUUUUGAAGAAAACAAGGAAAAUACGAGUUCAAUUAUAAUUGAAAGCAAGUAAACAGCCGGAAAUAAUGAGCUUAGCUUAGAACGCGCAACGCAAAAAAACAAAAAAAAACUGGAACAUCAUUAACCGCACUAACCAGCAGCGCCCUCGUAAACACUAGACAAACAGCGACUCAAAAGGAACGCACAACAACAACAGCAGUAGCUAAUUAAGUCAAACAAUCCAAUCAGCAAAGCAGACAUUGCGCAUUAAACUAAUCAAGAACGAACGCGUCGCCGCCUUCGCGCGCACAACACACAUUUAGUACACUGUUUCGCCGCGCUAACCGCAGUUGAACGCGCGCCGCCCUCGUCAACAUAAAACAAAAAUGUGCAAAACGCCGAGUUCACGUCUGCUGCUGCGGCUCAUAAUCGAUGUUGUGAUUUUAAUUGCGCUCUGCUGCGUCGCGCUGAUUGCGCUGCCCAAACUAUUGCCCACCACGCGGCGCGGCUUCUUCUGCAGCGAUGUCGCGUUGCGCUACCCUUACACCGCAUCGCUGUUGAGUCGCGUACACAUCACAAUUGCGGUGAUCGCACUACCCGCCGCCAUUAUGCUGGUGGUGGAGAUGUUGUGGGCGGCGGUGCGCGCAUCACGCAAGUCUGAGACAAACACAAUUUCGACGCGUCGCGCCGGCGUGCAACAAUUCGUAUUCGUUGGCAUCAACAUACCGACCUUCGUGAGUGAGUGCUACAAGAUUGUCGGCGCCUACUUCUUUGGCCUGGCGCUGGUACUGAUAGCAGCGCGCGCAACGAAAAACUUUGUGGGUCGCUUGCGCCCUUACUUCUUCGACGUCUGCCAACCGCAGUUGUUGGAGACACUUGGCGGUGGUUUGGCUUGUGAGCGCCCUAACGCGCCGCAUGCGCUUAAUGUCACCAGCGGUUAUAUUGAGGACUAUGAGUGCUACGAAUUGGCCGCCUCUGCGGAGUUGUUGGCCAUGGCGCGCCAAUCCUUUCCCAGCAGCUACACAGCCACUGUCGUCUACGCGAUGUGCUUCAUUGUGUUUUAUCUGCAGGCGCGUCUCUCUAAGCGCGCGCUGUUGGUGUUGAAGACUUUGCUGCAAUUCGGUUUUCUCAUUUUGGCCGCGCUAGUCGCCAUUGAGCGUUUCUAUACGCACCAGAAUCACUGGUCGGACAUAUUGGCGGGCGCAGUUUUAGGUUUCUUCAUUGCAGGCUUUACGACGCUCGCGGUGGCGGAUGUCUUCAAGAGUUUGCCGCUGAAGAAACGUAAGCCAAGAGAUGAUUCCAACCGUAUUUAUGGCUACUAUGGUGUUAAUCGUAUUGCAAAAUAUUAUUGAUUUGAUGGAUUUAUGUGUCAGUUUAGAUUAGAAAUUACGUUGGAAGUUGUGUAUAGUUUUUAGCUUAUAUUACAAGUGCAAUAAAAAUAUUAAAACAAAAAAAAA